CUUUUCGCCCGCCUCUCCUGGCUUCGCGUCUCCUCCUUCUGUCUUCCCCACCCAUGUCCCUUUCAAAAUGGCUGUUGGGUUUGAAGACUAUGGACCAGACUGUGAUAGCAUGAGGAUAACUGCGUUCUUGGACAUUCCAGGGCAGGAUAACUUGGCUCCGCUUGCACGUCUGGAAAAAUAUGCUUUUAGCGAUAAUAUAUUCAACAGGCAAAUCAUUGCCAGAGGUUUACUUGAUGUCUUUCGAGAUUUCAGUCAUAAUGAUGAAGAUUACUUGAUAGUAAUGGCAAUAGUGGUCAGACUAUCUGAAGAUACAGAGCCUACUGUACGAACAGAACUAAUGGAGCAGAUACCACCCAUUGCUAUUUUUCUACAGGAGAGCAGACCAAACUUUCCUACAGCUUUUUCAGAGUAUCUUAUGCCCAUUGUUGUGAGAUACCUCACAGAUCCAAAUAACCAGGUUAGAAAAGCAAGCCAGGAAUCUCUGGUGAUACUACUGGAACAAGGUCUCGUUGCUCAAAAUGAUAUUGAAAAUAAAGUAUGUCCAAUCCUGUUAGACCUGUCUGCUCCAGAGAGUGACGAUGAAUACAAGGUGGAAGCUGUCAAUAUAAUCUGCAAAAUGGCUUCUAUGGUGAACAAGUCAACAGUUGAAUGCUUACUUCUUCCCCGAUUCUGUGAGCUCUGUGGGGAUGGGAAGCUUUUCCAAGUCCGGAAGGUAUGUGCAGCAAAUUUUGGUGACAUCUGCAAUGCCGUUGGGCAAGAAGCCACAGAGAAGAAUUUGAUUCCUAAGUUUUUUGAGCUUUGCUCUGAUAGUGUUUGGGGUAUGCGGAAGGCUUGUGCCGAGUGCUUUAUGGCUGUCUCUUAUACCACUUCACCUGAAGUUCGGAGGAGCAAGCUGUCUCCUCUUUUUAUCAGCCUCAUCAGCGACCCUUGCAGAUGGGUUCGUCAGGCUGCUUUCCAGUCGCUUGGGCCAUUUAUUUCUACUUUUGCAAAUCCUUCCAGUGCUGGUCUUUACAUUUGUGAAGAUGGGACUCUCAGCAUCCGGCCUUCUAGCCCGCAUUCAACGGGCAGCAAUACAAGCACCAGGCCGUGCAGUUCAGAGGAGGCUGUGGAGAAUAAUUCGGCAUCGUUGACUGAGGGACCUUCUUCUACCAGCUGCAUAUCUUGUUUUGAAAAUUCAGCUGCUCAAGAAGAAAGCGCAGUUGCACAUGUUAAUUGCGAGAUAGAUCUGACUCGAUUGACUCAGAGUGACCACGUUGGCACUUGUGUGGCACAGAGUAUGAACGAUUGUCAAGUCCACAAUCGCAGAGGAAUAAACUCAAGGGUCCAGUCUGCAGAAGACGUGUUUAACACUUUCUUAUAUUGGCGUCCUCCCCUUCCCGACAUAAGCCGGGACCUGGAACUGCUUCAGUGCAAAACUGAGACGCACGAAGAAAGCUGCUCGGCAUCAGAAGCGCUUUGUAAUAAUUGUGUUGCCAGCAGUGAAAUUAAAAAGGUGCUGCAAAGCUUGCAGGAGCACAUGGACGACCCCGAUGUUCAAGCUCAGGUUCAAGUACUGUCUGCUGCACUUAGAGCUGCUCAUCUUGACUCUGUCAAUGACUAUGAAAUCAAACAAGAUGAAGAAGUUAAUAGUAACAACCAGGAAGAGGCAUCCGUUUUGGACCCCAGCCACAGCACAAGGAAUGAGAGCACCCAGUCUUUGUUGCCAAGCCCGGGAGAGACCGUUAACCCUUCCAGUCCAACUGUAAUAAAAAAUGUGGAUGUAGAACAACUACUCAAUGGGACUGACAAAGCAUUAGAAAUAGAAGAUAAUGAGCCACCUUUUGAAGAAGAUAAAUCAAAAUUACAGGAUAUCAUACCUCAGCCUUUAUUGGACCAAUACUUAUCAAUGACGGACCCUGCUCGAGCACAGACAGUGGAUACUGAAAUUGCAAAACACUGUGCAUAUAGUCUUCCUGGUGUGGCCUUAACACUGGGGAGACAGAAUUGGCAUUGCUUGAAAGACACUUAUGAAACAUUGGCCUCUGAUGUACAGUGGAAGGUGCGUCGGACACUGGCUUUCUCCAUUCACGAGCUGGCUGUUAUUUUGGGAGAUCAGCUAACAGCGGCAGAUCUGGUGCCUAUUUUUAAUGGUUUCUUAAAAGAUUUGGAUGAAGUGCGCAUUGGUGUCCUUAAACAUCUCUAUGACUUUCUUAAGUUGCUUCAUGCAGACAAAAGGCGUGAGUAUCUUUACCAGCUUCAAGAGUUUGUGGUUACCGAUAACAGCAGGAAUUGGCGGUUUCGCUAUGAACUGGCAGAACAACUGAUUCUGAUACUGGAGCUGUACAAUCCCAAUGACGUAUAUGACUACUUAAGACACAUUGCACUAACACUCUGUUCAGAUAAAGUUUCUGAAGUCAGGUGGAUCUCCUUCAAGCUGGUUGUGGCAAUAUUACAGAAGUUUUAUGCUAACAAGGCAAACUCUCUGGGGUUAAAUUUCAUUAAUGAGUUGAUCGUGACGUUUCGCCAUUGUUCCAAGUGGAUUGGAAGACAAGCAUUUGCAUUCAUCUGCCAGGCAGUAGUGGAAGAGGAGUGCAUGCCUGUUAAUCAUUUCGUUGAACACCUGCUGCCCAGCCUCCUGAGCUUGGCUUCUGAUCCGGUGCCAAACGUGAGGGUUCUGCUUGCCAAAGCUCUGAGACAAACAUUGUUGGAGAAAGCUUAUUUUAGAAGUGUGGGCAACCCUCAUCUCGAAGCUGUUGAAGAGACAGUUCUAGUUCUUCAGGCAGACAGGGAUCAAGAUGUUGCCUUUUUUGCCACCAUCAAACCAAAACACCAUACCGUGCACAUUACUUCACUUGAAAAACAAAAUUAACUUCAUUUGUCUCUGCGGCUCGCCAAGCUUUGUGGCAACUAACCAGGAAGAAGACUGCAUCAAGCAAUCAAUGCAACCCAAGAGAAAAAGGGCUUGCUCUUAAUUCUGUCACAUAACGGAAGAACACGUGGACCUAUCCAGAAACUGGCAAUGUGAUUCGAAAUACUCAGCAACUGUACUUCCCCCCACCACAACUCCCUUUAUAAACAUGGACCUCAACAAAAAAAAUCCAGUAUUUAUAUCUGUGUUUGUGUGAAAUGCACACAUUCACAGCUUCAGCAUCCUCCGAGGUAUCAGCAACAUGUCUUUGGAAAUGUACUGACUCAAGGGCAUGGGAUGUGAAUAGCUUGGUCACCACUUCAGGCUUGAGCUAAUAUGGUCAGCGAAUAUGAAAACCACGGACACUUACACCCAUUUUGCUAUAAACUGUUCUGUUGUUUACAGCUAUUCAUUUUAUUUUGUCAGUUUACUCAAAGUGUACAUAUGAAACUUGGCAAAGAAUCAGAAAACUUGAAUAUGUUUCUGUAAUAAAACCAGUCUUUUUUUUUUAUCUUCCAAAGCAAAAAUUAUAGCUCAGUUGUCUUGUUAGGGCAUAGGAAAAAUUUUUAUGUCUAAGGUAGAUGAUGUUUUAAAAAUUCACUUUGUGAACUGUGGCAUUUUUAGUCCUGUGUGUUGGUGUGUGUUAAAUUAAAAACAAACCCUUUGUAGUGGUCACUUUCCUUCGUUCCUGCUGACCCUCAGUCUCUUCUUCCCGCUAGAUUACAGUCCUUAGAUCACUAACUCUGAAGUGGUUUUUGUUGGAUCUGCUUGGAAGUAAGAGGUGUGAGGUGUGUGGAUUCGAACUGUUAAUCCUUCAGUACUGGAAUACAGCAGCAAAUUUGUUUUAAGUUUUGAGGAGACAUUGAAUUAAGUCAGAAAUGCAAGUUCCUGAAUUUUGGAAAACCUCUGAAAAUAUGGGUUUCUGUAUUUUGCUCAAUGAGAAGUCAUUUUUCUGAUGAAGAUCGGUGGGAAUUCCGGCGUGGUGUCCAGCCUGUGAAGGUUGUUGGCUGGGAUUCAAUAGUUAUGUGUGUGUGCGUGCGUGCGUGCGCGCCCUGGGUAUUUCCUUCCCAUCACAGCUCCCCACCCCAAACUGCCUUUGAAGGUUGGAGGGCUUGCUCGAGUAGCAUUUUGUUAGGUGUGAGGGGCUGCUGCCAUAAAGGAAAACCAGCAGAUCUCUCUCUUUCUGUGAAGUCCGAUUAGUAUGUGUGCUCUGGAUCCCAGCUAUUCUGGUUUAUUAUUGUAAACUUUGCACUCUUGGCCUGGAUGGAUUUGCAUUAUUAAGGUUCUCAUGUGCAAUCUAGAACCUUAAUAAUGCAAAUCCAUCCAGGCCAAGAGUGCAAAGUUUACAAUAAUGGCAAGAUAACAAAACCCGUUUUUCUAUGGCUGGUUCAAUCAUUAUGUUUCCAGUCCAAGGAGUACAACCGUAAGGGAAUUCUAUCUCUGGAAACCCAUGGAAAUUUAAAAUUUUUAAUAUGAUAUACACACCACUUCUGUGAGAACUCCUGAGUCCAGCUCCAGAAACCCAGAUUGCCUGGGUUGUACACAAGCGAAUUUGGUGAAUGAUACAGGCGCUCAUUGAGGAUUGCUCAUAAGAGUGAUCACUGUUGAGUUAAAUUUUAAAUAGUGAAGUUGGCCAUAAACAGAACGAUUCUAGAGCAGGAUUUUUUCAGUUAUGGAACUGGACCUUCAGACUUCCUUGUGUUUUAAAUGCAAACUCUCCCAAGGGGCACUAUAUAUAAUCUUAAAGCUCUGAAGCAUAAUUGAGUCAAAAAUGAUUUUCAAAAUGUGUUAUAGAGAAACAAAUCUCAUUUAAUAGCAAGUAUAUUCUGUUAAGCAUUUGUGUAGACCACAGCGGAGCUCUUUGUUACAUUAAGUGUCAACUCCUUGUAAAUUUUCUCAGUUUCAAGGACUUUUAAGGUUUAAUUUUCCACAAUUGUCUGUCAAACUCAGGCCAUGAAAAAAUGUGUUCCAGGUUUGCAAUACAGUGUUCAGCAUGUGUGAUAGCAUUAUUUGCUUUGCAAGUUCCUAAACUGCUUUUAGAAAUGAUCUAGAAAUAAUAUUUCAGAAUAAAACAUCUAUGUAAAGCUGUGAAUUCUGCACGGUAGUACUAUGCUUAACUGUUUUAAUAAGUUGAAAACAAAUGCCUCUUCAAUGCAAAUGAAUUUUUAUUACUGUAAUUUCUCAGCAAAAAAUGUCAGUUUUUGGUAGUUUUAAUAUCUUUUUCUAAUGCUAACAUUAUAUGAGUAUUUUUUUUAACAGUUCAGAUUUUUCUAAAAUUGUUCUAACAAGUUUUUGUUUGUUUCUGUUGACUGUGACAGGUCAUUAAAUUUCUCAGCACUGAUCGUUACAUUUUUAAAAAGUGUACAUAGAAACGUUUGAAAAAAGAACUAUAUAUAGUCUGUUCUUCGGACAUAACCCGGUCCGAUGUCCACAUUGUUAGUUUUAGAUUGAUACGUAUCCUUUGCUACACUAGCCCAACUAAGUAUCAAACUUCCAUGUGUCAUUUAGAAAGAUUGGGGUAGUUUCCACUAAGGUAUUUUUUGUUGUUGUUAUCACUUAUGCAUGAGUAAGUUGCUGAAUUUAAUUUUUACUGAUGCGACAAAUCAAAUUUUCCAUUAAAAAGCACCUUUUUUCCUAAAUCCAGACAUUUUGUCCUUUUUGAAAAUGUGAUUUUUUUAAAAAAAGUUUAAGAAUCUGUAAUUGCAUGUACUAGAAAUGAGAAUUUUGUGCAGUUCUGUUCAACUUACUUCCCCCCCUUCCUACACUUUCCUACCUUGCAGUCUCUUCUCGCCAACUCCAAAUACAUUUUUUAAAGCAUUUGGUGUACUAUUGGCAAUGGGUGUCAACCUGUGCACCCUUCAUUCAUUCAAGUGGGCUUAUUUUCAGCUCUACAGGUGCCACUUGAAAUGUUUGAAAGGUGUCCAGAAGAUAUCCCUUAAUUACCUCCCCCUCCCCCUCCAGUAUAAUUUAAGCAUGACGACGGCAGCACCUUAUAGAUCACUUUAGGUGGGGGGGGGGGGAGACACGUACAGCAGAGAUGAAUUUUACUGUUUAAAUUAUGUAAACGUUUUCUUUUAAAAGAUCACCAUAAGCAAAAGUUCUUAAGCAGCCACCGUUCUCUCACAAAAGCUGCAAAGGGUUUCACUUUGAAAUACAUUUGGAUAUGGGAUGUGGAAAAAUGUCCUUCGUGGUGCAAUAUUGAAAUAUUGGGCACUUGUAAUCCAAAGCAUGUUGGUAGUUUUACUGAGAAAUCAUCCCUGCUGUUAUCUGCUGUAUAUGGUUAUAAACUUGGCACCUCCUGGAAGCCUGCCCAAGUGGCUGUUGAAUGUCUGUAAAGGACAGUGUUUGUUUAGAACCCAAAUAGAUGGAGACACUCUGGAAGUGCCGCAGAUUUUGUCAGAACAUGGAACCUAUGUAUCUUUCUAUUCAUAUUUAU